GUAAUAGUUAGCUGCGGUCAGUGUUGCUACUAUUGGCCAGUACACGCUCUGGGCAGUUUGUCUUCCACCGCCGUCUUCCCCCUCCAGCCGCUAUUCGAUAUAUGCGUGCUCCUUUACUUUUUGUGCGGAUAUGCUCCUGAGAUUGUCAACGGACUGUAUGUACUUGAUUGGCGUCUGCGUUUAACGUUGCCUAGCUAAUGCAUUCGCCUUAAAUUUGGCGCUCGUAUCGAUGCUGAGUACAGUAGGGUCGGUAAUGCUCCUUGGAGGGUCAAUUCGCUUGGGGUUUUUGUGCCAUCUAGUCGGGAGCCAAAACAACAGGAAGAGAGGAUAAUAUAAAAGACAACGACAACAAUUAUAAACAAAAAAGAAGUGACGAACGGAAGCCAACAAUUUGUGUCAGUAUCAUUCACUCCCAUCGAGCGCAACAGUGGCAUCACACACAGCGUUACCUAUCGUUGUGGCCUCUAUCAUCGUCGGUCCAGUCAAGAAAAGGUAGCAAAGGGAUCACGCACAUCGCUGCCCUGCGUUUAGCGCUGUUGUAGUAAUAAUUGUGGUAUAUGUGGUUACAGCAGGAAGAACCUGACAUCUCGAGGUGUUGGGUUGCCUAACAACGGCCUAGCCCAGUUCCCGUAGCUUGGUGGCGUGCUUGGCUCAUCGGUUAACUAUUUGAGUGAUCACAUCAUCAGCUGCCAGAGUGAUCUAUAAGCAACAAUACGUUCACAGUUUUACUAUGGCCUCACCAGAUUUCGCACAAAGUGUCCAGGAGUUUAAAGAGAUCACUGGUGCAGAUGACAAUCUAGCCACACAAAUGCUACAGAUCUGUCAAGGUAAUCUUCAGAUGGCAAUCAAUAUGCACGUUGAUGGUGGGGGUAUUGAUAUCGGUGCAGAGGAUACGACCCGGCCACCGAGCCCUCCACCUCCCAGCCCCCCGUUGGCAGCCGAUUUUCCGUCGGCGAACUCUGGUAAUCCGGCUGCCGGCUCCUCGAACGGUGAAUAUGUGCGCCCACCGUUGCCACCGAAGCAAGAAGUCCUUGUGGAAUCAUUCAGCUACGGAGCAGGAUUUGGUGAGAUCGACACGUCGUCUGGUGGUAGCCGGAGAGGUAACCGAGGUAUUGUGGAACCGUUCCGGGAUCUCCGUCGCGAGGCCCAACUGCAAGAGGAACACAUGGAACGCGGUGUAGGUGGCCUGGAAAAUUUAACGUCAGCCGCCCGAAGAGCUACCGCGCUCGAAGAUCUAUUCCGGCCCCCGCUAGACCUUAUGUUCAAAGGGACAUUGGACGGUGCCCGCGAAGAGGGCCGUCGUCGGAAUAAAUGGGUACUAGUAAAUGUUGUCGACCCAACGAACUUUCCGUGUCAAGCGCUUAACCGAGACGUGUGGAGCGCUAGUUUAGUGAAGGAUAUAAUUAAGGACAGCUUUAUCUUUUGGCAGGUGUACAGCACAUCGGAAGACGGCUCGAAAUACAGUCGCUUCUAUCCAAUUGAGACGUACCCACAUGUCGCUGUCCUCGACCCACGAACUGGGGAGCGGCAGCUGUAUUGGUCAAAGAUGGACGCGUGCACCUUCGCCGAACGCGUGACAGACUUUCUUGGUCGUAAGCCGUGCCCUGACCACUCAUCGUUAAGCGCCUCGAGCACGGAAGCAUCCGGUACUUUAGGUACAGCGCCACCAUUAAAGAAGCCGAAAAGUAAUUCUGCUAUCCCACCGUCGAUUGAAGAGAUGGAUGAAGAUGAGCAGAUGAAGGCGGCUAUUGCAGCGUCGCUUCAGGGCCAAUCCGUCGAAGCACAGAGCGAUGCCGAGUCGCUAAAGAUUGCCAGUGAAAGCUAUACGAAGUACUUAGGCCCCGAGACCGACCCCAAGUCGGAGCUCAUGUUCCGUUAUCCUGAUGGCGAACGGCGGGUUCACUCAUUCCCAUCGACGUCCCGGUUACGCGCGCUCACAUUGUUCGCGCACGAACAGGGCUUCGCUGAAAGUAGCCACGAACUUGUCACCAACUAUCCACGAAGAAAUCUGUCAGAGUUGGAUUCAACAUUGAUGCUCAAUGAAGUUGGACUGUUCCCUAAGGAAACGAUCUUCAUUCAGCUGCGCUCCGCUUAAAUGCCCAGUGCUGAAGAAUAAAAGGAUCUUGUUCAAUGAUACGACUGAUAAUAGUAAUAAUGAUGAUAAUAAUAAGAAGAUACAGACUAAAACAAAUGAAGAAACAGAUAAAGAAAAAAAGGGAGGGGAAAAGGCACGGUUUACUAACAACAAACAGUAAAGAAACACUGAAACACACGAUAAAAACAUACAUACACGAUUGACUACCUUUCUAAGUUCAGCAAGUACGUUCAGACCAAAAGACAGAUCAACAGACAGACCUUGUAUCCUGUGCACUGCUUUAUUUCGUGGAAAUCACCUACGCGGCAAGAGAGAACGUCAACAUGCAAAUAAAUGAACAGCUGCGGAAGCCCAAACAGCCACCAGCCGCGCGUCUUCACAAGCAGCAACUACAACGACAUCAAUUGCACGGAAAUAAUUAAAAGGUGAUGACCAGUGAAUGAGAAAGAGAUACAAAAAAAGCUAAAGAGAGAGUUCUGUAAUUGUACGAAAAAGGAAUUAUGAAAACUAGUGAAACCGUCUCCCCGCUUUGUUCGGGGGCAAAAAAAAACAAAUACAACUUCAGAUGUCGGCAGCAGAUGGAAUGAAUCAAAAGUGUGAAUAAAAAGUGUGUAUCCGGUCGUACCUGCAGUCGCAGUGUUCCACCAAACCGAGCGAAA